UCAAUUUCCAUCCAUCACCUUUUCGUCUCAUAACUUCUCAACUUCCAACCCUCGCACUACCUUUUGCAAAGCAUCCAACACCCGCCUCGAUUUACCUUUCGUCACGCUCUCUUCCCUUGCUCCGAACCAACUCGACUCUUGACACCAAAACUCUUCCAUUGUCGCUCAUCCAUAGUUCCACCAGAACAUCCCCGCCGACCUCAAAACAUCGCACCAAGAUAACCAACCGCCACAAUGGGUCACGAAGAUGCUGUGUACUUGGCCAAGCUUGCUGAGCAGGCUGAGCGCUACGAGGAGAUGGUUGAGAACAUGAAGAUCGUCGCUUCUGAGGACCGUGACCUGACUGUCGAGGAGCGCAACCUUCUCUCUGUUGCCUACAAGAACGUCAUCGGUGCCCGCCGUGCCUCGUGGAGAAUCGUCACCUCCAUCGAGCAGAAGGAGGAGUCCAAGGGCAACUCUUCCCAGGUUGGCCUCAUUAAGGAGUACCGCCAGAAGAUCGAGGCCGAGCUCGCCAAGAUCUGCGACGACAUCCUUGACGUCCUCGACGCCCACCUUAUCCCUUCUGCCAAGUCUGGCGAGUCCAAGGUCUUUUACCACAAGAUGAAGGGUGACUACCACCGCUACCUCGCCGAGUUCGCUGUUGGCGACCGCCGCAAGGACUCCGCCGACAAGUCCCUUGAGGCUUACAAGGCUGCCACCGAGGUUGCCCAGACCGAGCUCCCCCCUACCCACCCCAUCCGCCUCGGCCUCGCCCUCAACUUUUCCGUCUUCUACUACGAGAUCCUUAACGCUCCCGAUCAGGCUUGCCACCUUGCCAAGCAGGCUUUCGAUGAUGCUAUUGCCGAGCUUGACACCCUUAGCGAGGAGUCUUACAAGGACUCUACCCUCAUCAUGCAGCUUCUCCGUGACAACCUGACUCUCUGGACCUCUUCUGAGGCCGAGCCCGCGGCGUCAGGCACCGCCGAAGCCCCUGCCUCUUCCAAGGAGGAGGGUACCACCGCCGAGGCGCCGGCCGCCAGCACCUCCGAGGAGCCCAAGGCUGAGUAAAGGAGUGUGAUGGUGUCGUAGCAUUCUGCUGUUCCUCGCCGGAUUUGGGCGGACUGGUGUCUACGGAGUGUGGACUGGAGAUUUCGUUUUUGCGAAUCGGCAUCGUUUAGGCAAUACACAAGAAUUGUGAAGGGGUUGAUUUUUCCUAGUACGGGACUGGCUGAGGGCUAAAGAAGAGCAUUUUGGAGGUCGAUUGCACCCACGUUUGCUUUUU